CAAAUAUUUUAGAAUCCGGAUAAUUUGAGUCAAGCGUAGCAAACCGAAACAUGUUAAAGUAUAAAAAGCCACCUUUUUGACAGUUAUUAAACAACAGCUGAACAGACAUAACGAGCUUAACCGAUGAUGGAGACUUUAACAAGAUGCGGUGUGAUUGUCACUUGCUUGUUGUCCGUUCUUUCACUACACUCAACUUCAGCAGGAGUAUUUCGAUUUAACCGUAACUUCAACAUGACAGUGACUAAUUCUCGGAAGACACCGAUGUUCAACAACUCCAUCACCCAUCCUAUCAAGCCCGGGUCUCCCCUGAUAGACUAUUUGGAGAAAGCGUGUGAGAUUGACCAAUCCAAGUUCAAGUUUACGGUAACCUACUUCGCAAAACUCGGAUACUUCGUGAAUGCUUUCAAUGACGUCUACAGCGUAUGGAACGCCACCGAGAAAAACUAUUGGAGGAUUUCUAACCAGAACGGAAGUCUUCCUGUCGGAGUGAGUACGUAUAUACCGAAGAGUGGAGACCGCGUUGUGUUCGAGCUCGUGUCUGGGUAAUCCUCUGCCAUGUGAGACCGACAGAUCAAUUAACACCGAGUGAUUCUAUUAGAUUACACAUGCAUUAAAUCAGCCUUUGAGAUAUACCAUGUGUUAUUAUAUGUAUUUAAAAUUAAGUUUGCGAUGUUUUGGACAUAUAUGGAUAUUUAUUUUCGUCGUAAUACUGAGUAAUAUGGUAGGUUUAAUGUUGGUUCUUAACAUUAUUGUGAAGUGUAAAGUUUGUUACAAUGUAUUCAUUAAACUUUUUUCAUCUGUAUUAAAAUGUUGUACCGAAUAAAAUUAUAUAAAUCAA